AUUGCAAACCACCAUCAUCAUCAGCAUCAUCAUCACCACCAUUGCACAUUUCUGCUCUCGCCCAGCCACAGCAGGAGCAUGUCCAGCAACAAGCCCGUUAGCAUGACCACCGACCAAGCUCAAAACGGCAUCUCCCAAGAGCUCCGCAACAACAUCUACUCAGCCCUGCUCUCCGAAGGCGGGAUCCGCAACAUUGAAAGCACCCUCGAUGAGCAGCUUCGAGCCUCGGGAUUCAAAGACGAACUCAAACGCUACAUCACCGACCUCUUCCGCUCAGGACAGGCCACCACCGCCGAGGAAGCCCGCAAUCUCGCCAUGGAGAGCAUCAAGGCCCAAAUGCAAACUGCCCAAACCAACGGCACAACCAACGGCGUCAAUGGAACCUCCAACAACAGCAAUGACCUGGUUGACGCUAACGACUACAAGCUCAAAGUGCCCGACGAGGCUGUCAGGCAGGGCACCAAAGGCGUCAUGAAGGAGCUGGAGAAAGUGUGCGACAUCACUUAUGCCGACGACAAGUGAUAUCCCUGCUCUUUCUCUAUCCGUUCGCAUGCCAAUUAUUCUAUUUGUGUUUCAAACAAGAGACUGUAAGAGGACGCAGGGGCUCUGAAAGCUUCUCCGCGCAUCAGAACACACUACAGCAUCCAGAUCAAUUAGCGAAACAGUCCCG